AUGCUCAUCUGUUUCAGAGGUAAAAAUGUUCUAAAUCAAAAGAGCGAACUCCAAAAGGCGCUAUCGAAACACAAAGAGAAGCAGCUCAUGAAUCAAAUACAACAGCACAGGGAAACGCCAGAAUUGGAAAGAGCGAUCGCCGAGCGGGCCAGACGUCUUGAACAAGCUGAACAAAGCACAGAAGAGUUUGAAGCCGGUACAAAUCCCACACUGCAGCAAGUCCGCGCCAGACUGAGACAUGCCGCGCCAACGCCCUCUCCCGCCGCGUCUGCGCAUUAA